AUGGAGCGGCCCCGGCUCCCGCUGCCCCGGCCGCCGCUGCCCCGGCUCCUGGCCGCCGCAGUGCUCGUGGAAUGCUGCGCGCGGCUCUGCCCGGCUCUGGGCAGCGGCACGGGCUCCGCUCUGGGCGCCGCCGACCCCUGCGCCCACCUGGGCACCGCGACGGGGGAGCGCUGCCGGACAGAUCGCCCGCGGCCGGGAGCUGGCACGGGGCAGCCGCCGACACCAGGGGCCGUGGGGCAGCUGUGGACAGAGGCUGAACUGCCGCCCUUCCCCGGGACCCCCGCCGGGACAGCCGAGCUCUCCAGCCCGCAGGAGAGCCCCAGGGGCCCCGGGCUGGGCAGGGAGGGGACAGGGCAGGCUGUGCGGGGUGGCACAGCCACCGAGCCCCCGGGGCUGCUGGUCUCUGCAGGCGGGGAGCAGCCGACCCCUGCCAGGCUGGGGGUGACCCCGGCAGGGACCCCAACCCCUGUGGAGGCAGACACAGAGCCUGCCACCUCGCAUGCCCUGAGCCCUGACCCUCUAGGACAUGUGACAGUAGAAGGUGCCACGACAGCGCAGGGGACACUUUUGUAUUCACCACCCUCCGUGACAGUGCCAGGUUCUGCCAGGGGACAGGGGAGGUCCAGCAGCAGCCUGCUGGGAUGGAGGGCCGUUGGGACAGCCCUCGUGCAGAGCCAGAAUGCCACUCUCCAGCUGGGUGACAGCAGCCCAGGGACCCGCCCGAGCACCGUGCUGGCCACUGGCAGCUCAGCGCCAGGGACACCUCCCUUUGCUGGGGGGCUGCAGAGGCUGCUGACCCCCACAGGGACACUUCAGGGGACACACUGGGGGCUGCCAGGAGGACAGGGCUUUGCUUCCCGCCCACAGGAGGGUCCCCACUCUGCCCUUCACCCCUCUGCCCUGUCCCUUGGGCCUGGUGGGAGCCCUUUGGGCAGCACAGCCUGGCCAGCCGUGGGGACAGGCCCAGCCUUGCUGCCUGCCACACGGAGGGGCUCAGGUCUGCCUCUCGCCAGCACCCCAGGGGUGACCUCUCCCAGCCAGGGAGGGGCUCUGGACCUGACCACAGGGGUCUUGGGCCCACCUGACAGAGAGGGUCCCCCUGAGCAUGGUCACAUCCCCCUGAGCCCAUCAGCCAUCCCAGAGCAGCCCCCUGUCCCCCCUAGCAGCCCCACUAUGGCACAGGGUGGGGUGGCAGAUGCUAGUCCUGGAUCCUCCCACAUCCCCCCGUCCCCACAGCCUGCCCCAGCCAGUGGCUCUGCAAUGACCCUGCCAUCGACCCCCCUGCCUUCCCCAGGGACCGGCUGGGGGGUCCUGGGGUUUGGCCCCACUGUGGGCACCCCUCUGGGAGACCCCUCCCCAGGGCUGCCCCAUUCCAGCUCGAAGGUGGGUCCUGCUGAGAGCCCUCCAUCCCUGGGGGGGACCCAGGUGGGACAGGGCAGCCUGGCACCCCCCUCAGCACCUGGGCCUCCCCAUCAGCCAACUCUGUCCCAGCCUGCGCCUUCCCUGGGACCGACCGCUGCUGUUGGUGUCACCACCACCAGUGUCACUGCCACCAUCGCAGCUGCCACCAGCCCAGAAAGGCUUGGGGACAUGGGCACAGUGACAGCAGAGCCGCGUGCUGCUGUACUGCAGAGGGAUGGGCAGGGGGUGACAUGGGCAUCCCCAGCUCAUGUGCCCACUGUGGUGCCCGGGCUCCCCCAGCAGCCCACAGAUUCCCAUGGUGGGGGCCCUGGGUCCCCCUCAGCUGCUGUGGACACAGAGCUGGCCCAGCCAUCGAGCAGCCCCAGAGGGAGGACAGACACUGACACCCCCCAGGUGACACUGGCUGGGGUGGGCAGGGCCCCCCAGGUGUUCAUCGUGGAGGAUCAGCCCCCAGUCCUCAGAGCAUCCCUCCUGCGCAUCCCCUGCGAGCUGGUGCUGGACAUGGGCUUCGUGCCGGCCCUGCAGGACCCGGGGUCCCCGGAGCGCCAGGAGCUGCUGCACAGCUUCAACCAGACGGUCACUCCGCUCUUCGCGCCGGUGCCAGGCUUCCUGCGGCUGGAGGUGACCGCGAUCAGGGAGGGCAGCGUGGUGCUGCGCUACGACGCGCUCUUCGCGGCCGAGCAGCUGCCGGGGCCGGGGCUGGACGAGCUCCUCGAGGCCGCGCUGGGCUCUGGGCUGGCGGUGGGCACGGCCCCCGUCCUGCGCCACGCGGCUCUGGCGCGGCCGCUGGACCCCUGCGCUCUGCUCUUCACCUGCCCGGCCGGCUUCGCCUGCGUGGCCGGGCCGGACGGGAACGCGACCUGCACCUCCCUCUGCCACCGUGCCUACUGCAAGAACCAGGGCAUCUGCUCCCACGGCCGGGACCACCAGCCGCGCUGCCAGUGCCCCGUGGGCAGCGAUUUCUGGUUCAUGGGGCUGCGCUGUGACUACCGGGUGACGCAGCAGGGCCUGCUGGGCAUGGCGGCCGGGGUCCUGCUCAGCAUCCUGCUGCUGGGCGCCGUGCUCGCCGCCGUCGCCGUGCGCCGCUUCAAGGCGCUGCUGCUGGAGGCCAGGGCCGACCAGACCCGCAGCAGCUACCGCCGUUUCUGCCGCCUGGACGACGUCUCUGCCCAGUACUGGUCCCGCUCGGGGCUGCCCUCGGCCAGCUCGCUGGACAACCCUGCCUUCAGCAACUCGGAGGAGCUGCUGCAGCUGCGGGUCCUGGGCAGCUGCGGCUGCCGGGGGGACGCUGUUGGCAGCGGUGCCAAGCGGGGCCCGGCGCCCUGUGCCCAUCCACAGUGCCAGCCCAGUUUCCAUUACGAGUGGGACACGAGCUCCAGCAGCAUCAAUGACCCUAUGGUGGACUCGGGGAAAGCCAGUGACAUCUCGGUGUCCAGCUGGCCCAUGGAGCCCAUCCAGUGGGCUCCCUUCCCCCUGCACCAGCUUUCCAGGCAGCGACCGCACAAGGCCCGCUGGCCGCAGCCCUUCUGCGAGGGGCUGGAGCUGGGCACCCUGGAGCGGAGCUGGACGGCCUGAGGCCACGGACACAGACUGCAACGCGGUUCAGCUUUAAAACCAACCACAUUUUAUUUCCACGUAACGAGCUCAGUGAAGGAAUCCACACACUUGGACGAUACAACCGAGGCGGGUGUGAUGUCAGUGAUGUCGGUCCCGGCGGGGCAGCCCCUGCCCCGCUGCCUGCCCGGGCCUCCAGAGCAGGCAGGUACAGAGAGGUGUCAGGACACAGUGCUGGCAUCCACCAGGCCGUGACUUUGGGGGCAGUCUGGGCAGAAAGGCUGGCGGUUCUGGAGGGCACGUCACGCUCAGCUCUGCCCCACGGCCGCCGCAGGACGAGCUCGGCCACGCCGGAGGGAGGGAGACACACGAAAGCGCCGCUGCGUCCUUCAUCGUGAUCCAUGUCAAUGAGGUAUAAACACCGGGAUGUUGUAAGCAUUAAAGUUUAUUUUCCAGAAUGCUCUCCUUAUUCGCACGUGUCCUCUGGAGCAUCGAGCUGGGCACAAAUGGUGGGGGCUGGAAAUGGGGCGCUGUACGGGGUCCCAAAGGUGCUCGGAUAGAAAAGGAAAAGCAAGCUGCAGUUCUACACUUAGACUCUCAUAGUCUCAGAGGGGGGCACGUUGAGGGAGAUUUUUGCUAGAAUAAAAUGCAGAUCUCUUCAUAAAAAAAUCAGUUUGCUAAAAGAAAACUCAACCUAUGGGAAUACAGAGCUACCGGAUCGGUCGAUAUUCUCAUCGUAUAGAAAACAGCCUACAAAUAAAGUCACAAAAAAUAGACAGUUAUAUGCUGAGCAGCCAAAAACAUCAUGAUUUAUUAAUAUCUGGAGAAACUUCAUAAUUCAAACACAACCAAACUGUACAUUUUACAAUCACAUUCUAUUUGUAAACAGUUAAAAGCCACUGACUUCUUUUGCAUCUUCGGACACAAACAUUAGAAUCAAGGCAAUGAAAUGAUGGCGAUUUCUGCACUGUUAAAAUUUUUACCCUUGCCUAGUCUGGAAUUCGUGGACUAAACAAGCAUUCAAUAAUACCUUUUGUGGCAAGAGGAUGUAACUCGUUCACUUUUGCGAGAAAGUACUUGCGAGAACUUUGUCAACAUUGAAACUCGAUACACACACGAUCUGUAAGCCCAGCCCGUGGUUACAGGAUGCAUAGUUACUCAGGUCGGCUUGGGGACACGGCCCCACAGUAACACAGUCACAGAGCAGGAACAGCCACUCGAUGGGAUUACAAAAACUCGGAUAACUACGGAUUAUUAGCAAACCACCACCACUCACUAAGAAAAGACAGCGUCAAAAGCAGAAUGUCCAACUCCAGCUUGAAGCGUUUUUUUUUUGGCAGAGAAAAGUCUUACAGAGCAAUAAGUAUUAUCAGUGCUAAAAGUUGAGUUUUUUUUUUUUUUUUUCCUAUAAGAAACUACAAGGAGUUUUUACUGGGGAACUGGUUUUCCUGAGAGCCAUGCUCUUUGAUUUAGGAUACAGGAAUAGAAAACAAAAGGACAUGGCCAAACACUGUUCGUUAUUCCCAGAGAUAGAAAGCAUCUUUUUCAUUCUCAAUUUUUUUUUUUGUCUUUUUAAAAAUUUUUAAAAUGAUGGAAGAGUAAACAUUUUUCUCAAAAAACAAAAAAAAUAUUCUGUAAACAAGAAGGUGCCGACACAGGCACCCCCAAAACAAAAUUGAAAGCCUAUUGAAAGUGCAGGACCCCCCUGGCUUGCAGGCUGGGUUGCAAGUCACAGCUGUGGCCACAGUUUUUCAAACUGCAGAGCUAAAUUCUUUAGUUUUAUACAUGAAAAAACUGGUGCAAUACUUUCAUUCAUAAUCCUAAGUCAGUAUCCUAACUCGAUCUUGGAACGCCACGACACCACGAGCAGGUAGGCAAACAUCAAGGCAUAGUAGAGAGCGCACACUGUUUGUAGGAACAUCCUUGAGUAAACACUUACACGUGAGCUGCUGCCGCCCGCCACGCCGAGGGCACGGGGAGCAGCAGUCAGUGCAACGUCAGAAAAGCUCAUACUCCAACAUCAUCAGCAAAAUGCAAAUAAAAGGAAAAAAAAAAAAAAAAAAAAAA